AUGUCUACCCAACAGCAGCCUCGGCCAUGGUUCCGUUUGGCUAACAUAAUGCGCCCAGCACCUCCACCUGCACCUGCACCACCACCGCCUCUUGCACGUCCCCCUGCUCCAACACCUUCACUGCAAGCCCCACCUCCUAUUUCACCCUUCAGGCCCCCUGUAGCUCUGCCUCGGCCUCUGCCACCUGCUCCACCGAAUUUGCCUGUUGCUUCACCCCCUUCUGUAACCCCUACAACCCCAAGCUCCCCUCAGAUCUCCAGUACUAGAGCACCUCCACCAUCGCCACGACCACAACCAACACCUCCGGCUCCAAGCCCCUCCCCCACGCCUCCAAAAUCCCCUACCCCCUCCAUAACUAGGUCGCCUGAUGCACCCCCUCCUAAACCUGGAUCUUCGUCGCCAUUAGCAUCUCCAAUAAUCAAAACUGCAUCAGCGGAAACGUCUUCGGCUGCACGUCCAGUUGUAUCCUCUCCAUCUUUAUCAGCAUCCCCAAAAACUAAACCCCCAUCACCGCCCUCUUCAACAAUAGCAUUGCCAGCCUCUCCUGCUCCAAAAACAUUGCUCUAUUCAGGCCCUCCCACUGCAGCACCAGUCCCUCCACCACCUUCUCCAGUUGCAGCCACCGCCGCAAGACCUCGUGCUGCACCCAGCCCGAGGGUGAAAAGCAGUACACCUCCUCCUAAUCACGCUCAAUCCACCAUUGUGAAACCUUCAUCUCAUCCUCCAUCUCCACUAACACUGCCUCCGCCUCAACUCAGGGCUGACGCAACCAGUCAUGAUUAUGAUCUGGAACCAAUACCCCCAGAAGCUGUGCAGAAAACAGUGCUAACGCAAGAUGAUACCAAUCAUGAAAAGGCGCCAAAGAUUGAUCCCACAAAGUCGUCGUCCUCCCCCUCCUCCGGGGGGAAAGAGAGACAAGUUAAGAAAGACAAAGGAGCAAUGACGACUUACAAGGACAAAAAGAAUCAUAAUAAUAAAUCAGCUGUUUCUUCACCAGAGCUUGGCAUGAGAGUCGUAACACUUGCAGGUGACAACAAAGGAGCUGUUAUGGAAUUGAGCCCAGGAGCUUCCCGCAAGAAGUACGAUUCUGGGCAACAUUUUUGGGGUAAAAAUGGCCAGAAAUUGGGAAGCCAUGAGAAGGAGGAGGAGGACGGCAGGCAUUCUGAUGACGGUGGGAUAAAGAAUGGAAGAGGCGAAAUGGGAAGGAGCAAAUUAGUGGCAGCUCCACCGCCCCCAGUGGACGCCUUUGUGAACAGUAACGUCCAGGGAGUCAACAAUUCCAUUGUCUACAACUGCACCUACGGCAACCGUGAUCCUGGAGUCCAUCUCUCGGUGUCUAGGAAGGGCAAUGGCCGCCACCACCAGCAGGACGCCGGCCAUUAUAAUGUUCAUCUUGACUAG